AUGAAGUGCACCCCCACGAAGCUGGGACUGGACCCUUGUACCCCGACUCAGUCCCUGGCUAUGGGCUGCAGGUGGGGGCACCUGACCCCUGGACGGAACUGCUUGCUCCCAUCAUCAUCCCUUCCGGGGCCGUGGCAGCUGGCAGCCCGUAGCAGCCACGCCUCCAGCCACCGAGCCAAGCUGGGGUGUGGGUGCACCAACGGCCCGGCCUUUAACAGGAGCCUGACCGUGGCCCAGCACACGCAGCUCCUCCUUGCGCUCCUGGAAGGGCUCUGCUCGCACAGCCGUCCGCAGUGCGACCUGGCCGCGCAGCUGCUCCUGACAAUCUUCGAGGACCGCAGCAUCAAGGCGGAGCAGGUGGCUGAGGUCCUGCAGGGUCUGUUCCAGGAGCUGCCCUCCAUCGCGUUCCAGAGUGUCCUGCCGAACGCAAUGAAGGUGGUGACCAUGCUGGGGACUCAGUACACGCAGGAGACAGUCGAGGUGAUACUGUCCCUGUGUCACCCCUCUGACAGACAGGUCCUACCCCUGUGGAAGGCCCUGGCCGGCAAUACCCGACUGGCCCGCAAGGUCCUCACCAUGCUCUAUAGGAAGCUGAAGCUUCGGCCCUCCAAGGACCUCAUCAGGCUAAGCCAGCAGACGGAGCUCAUCUCCCUGCUGGCCCUGGGUACCAUUUAUGAGCUCCUGUACACUCGGGAGUACAAGGCCACGGUGCGCUGGGCCUUCGCGGGGAUCCUCAUGGGUCUGCUCACACAGCUGCAUUACCUGUUUGAGCUGGACGUGGUGGAGGGCAUCUCAGACUACCAGGAGGACAUCCUGGAAAUAAAGCCCCUCGGCCCCUGCAGGACCUGCCUGGAGGCCCUGAAGGGUCUCUUCUGGACCACCAACUACUGGGAGGUGUUUGCCUACCUCAAGCUGCUGAGAGGCUGGGAGCUCUUUGAGCACUUAGAAACCUACACAGAUGGAGUGACCCUCUUGGCUAGGGCCAUGGUCCACUACGACUGUGAGGUCAAGGCUGUCUUGGGGCAGGCAGUCAUCUCCCUGAAGAGCCCCGAGGAACGGGACAACAUUGUGGCCAUCCUCAUCAUCACAGAGUUUCUCAACAGCCAAGAGCUCACCCAGUACGUGUCUCGGAGAACCUUGGACAACUUGCUGAGCCUGGGCCUGAACAACCCCAACCAGCUGGUGCGGGCCAUGAGCCUGAAGGGUCUCAGCAGCACCCUGAUGCACCCCAAGAAGGUGGUGCUUCUCCGCAAUCGGCUGGCCGGGCUGCUGGACGGUUUUGUGAAGCCGGAGCCCAAGGACCUCAUGGGCCUGAUGGAGAUCCUGGGCGACAUCCUGCACCGCCUGGGCCCCCAGGGCAUCGGGCCCGCCAGCCUCAAGAUGGCCCAGCACCUGCUGCCGCUGUUCGAGGAUGUGAGGGCCGCGGGGCUGCUGCGCAGCCAAUGA